AUGGCCAAUCCACACCUGGCUGAUCUGUCCCAGGCCUGGGAGAACUACUUGGACUGCCGUACACAGGGAGCAGAUCUACAGGUCAGUCUGCAUUGCCUGGAGAGUUUUCUGUGUCUGUUUCACUGUGUGCGACACCUCAGUGACCCGAGCGUGAAGGAUCCGCUCAAGUUCUGCUUGGACAUGAGUGGGGCCAGUAACACACUGGCACGGGAGUUCCUCAUAGAUGUGCACCAGCUGUGUAGUGCCAUUUCCCAGCAGGCGGAGGACGAGGAGUCGCACAUGGUGGCGUUGGGAGAGUACCUGGUGCGUGGACGUGGCUUCCUGCUCCUCAGCACCCUAGACUCUGUCAUUGACCAGGAGUUGACGUGUCGGGAAGAGCUGCUUACACUCUUGUUGUCUUUGCUACCUCUUGUCUGGAAGAUUCCUGUUCAGGAGGAGAAAGCCCCAGAUUUCACCUUGCCUUCAUUGCUGGAGGUGUUUCUUAGCCAAGAGGGAAGAACCAUCCGUCAAAAGGUGGGGCAAGAUGGAUAUGAUGUGCAGAACUGUGGGAAGCGUUUAUCUGGCUCCUGGAAGUCACGGCGUUCGCGCAGGAAGGCUGAGCUAUACUCUGUAAGUGAUGCAUGCAAAGCUCAGCUUUCCACAUCAGAUUCCGAAGCCAACUCGGAUGAUAAAGCCUCAAACACUGGAAGCAAACACAGCAGAUUCCACAGUUCAACCAUUCAUGUUAGUUGCCAGCUUCACCAGUCCAACGUUCCAUCGCAGUCACCAUCACAACUUCCCACUCUCAGCAACAUGAGCACCUUUGAGCGAUCCCAACCUCACACAAGGAUGUUUGGAUCACAAACCCUGGAUGCUAACAUGCUAAUGGACCCCACCGCUAUCUCCAUCUUCAAUCGCAUGGAGAACUCGCCUUUUGACCUUUGCCAUGUUUUGCUCUCCCUUCUUGAGAAGGUCUGCAAGUUUGACAUGACCAUCAAUCACAACCCAGGCUUGGCAGUCAGUGUUGUUACCACGCUUACAGAGAUACUAACAGAGUUUGGUGACUGCUGUGGACCUGGUGGAGGAGGUGGACAAGGGGUCGAUGAGCUGGCUGGAGGCUGGACUGAGGAACCAAUUGCACUUGUUCAAAGAAUGCUUUUGCGUACCAUCCUGCACUUGAUGUUUGUAGACGUGGGUCAAAACAAGACACUGCCUGAUCAUUUGCAUCGAAGCCUGACUGACCUCCUAAGAGCCACCUUAAAAAUCCGUGCCUGUUUAGAAAGACAAGCUGACCCUUUUGCUCCGAGGCCAAAGAAGACUCUGCAGGAGAUACAAGAGGACUUUUCCUUCUCAAGGUACCGUCAUCGGGCCUUGCUACUGCCAGAACUCCUGGAGAGUGUCUUGCAGCUUCUACUGGGUUGCUUGCAGGCCUCUGCUCCCAACCCUUUCUUUUUCAGUCAGUCUCUUGAAUUAAUUCAUGAAUUUGUGCAACACCAGGGCCUGGAGCUCUUUGAGGCAACAGCUCUGCACCUGGAGGCCUUAGUAGAAGAUACAGAAAUUGGCAAUGAGGCAUCAGAGCAUCUUCAUUGUCUGAUAGCAGGUGUACUUAAGAUUAUCAGUGCUGUCAAAAAAGCCAAGUCAGAUCAGUUACACCAGUCUGUUUGUGCACGUCGUCGACACCAUCGCUGUGAAUACUCCUACUUUUUGCACCAUCAUCGUGACCUGUCUGGACUGCCAGUGUCUGCUUUUAAGCAAGCAGCUUGUCGAAACCCCUUCGAGGAGGACUCUGAGAGUCAUGACGGAGAUGUGCGGUACCCUGAACGAUGUUGCUGCCUUGCGGCUUGUGCCCACCAAUCUUUACGUCUCCUCCAACGUCUAUCACCCUCAGGUCCUGCAGUCCUCCAGGUGCUGGCAGGAGUGCAAGCCGUUGGUAUCUGUUGCUGCAUGGACCCAAGAUCUGUAAUAGGGCCUAUGCUUCAUGUACUUCAAGUGCCAGGCCUGCAGAGCUACCAGUCACAUGUGUUGAGUGUCCUUAGUAGACUUGUCCUAGAACAGCUUGGAGGUGGUCAACCCUCAGAAAAGGCCAAACUUAUCCCCUGCAACAUCUGCACUUUGGAUAACAGCCAGAUUCCUGGCCUUGAAGAGACUUUGCAAAGCUAUAGACCUGGAAAAGAAUCAAACCUAUCCACACCCCCAGGUCCCACUUACCGUUCCCAAGGUAUCCUGCCCAGUGGAGGAGCUGAAGACUUAUUAUGGAAGUGGGAUGCUUUAGAUGCCUACCAGGAGCUAGUGUUUGGGGAGGACUGGCAUUUGAGUCAACAGAUUGCCAGUCAUCUAUGCCAGCUCACUUUACGGGGCAAUGCAGUUUUGCAGUGGCAACUCUACACUCAUAUUUUUAACCCUGUGCUUCAACGGGGUGUGGAACUAACCCAUCAUGCCCAGCAGCUCGGUGUGUCUACUACAUGUAGCCAGGUCUGCAGCUACCAUACCCAAUGCCUACCUGUUGAGGUGCUGCUGGUUUAUCUUCAAACUCUGCCUGCUCUGCUUAAGUCAAGCCGGGUUGUACAUGACCUGUUUCUGAGUUGUAACGGACUAAACCAGGUCACUGAAUUGAUCUACCUGGACUGUACACGUCCAUGGGCACUAAAAGUGUUUGAGACACUAAUCUUAAGUGCGUGGCACCAUCAUGCCGAAUCUGCAACACAGGAGCUAGAAAGAGCCGAAGCUCUGAAGCGGGAAGCUGUCCUUGGACUCGUAGAUGAACUAGGUCCACGUGGGGCUAGUGAAGGCCCACAGAGCCUCUCUAAGUUUUACGAAGGCCUGAAAGAGGCAUGCCCUCAACAAAAGAGCAAAAGUGGAAGGAGUACAUUUCCUGGAAUUGGCUGUAACAGAGGUGAGGCACAUUUAAACACAAUCAACCUUUUCCUUUGUGUUGCUUUCCUGUGUGUGAGCAAGGAGGCGGACUCUGACCGAGACUCUGCGAAUGAAUCGGAAGACACCUCAGGCUAUGACAGUACAGCUAGUGAACCAUUGGGUGGUCGUCUACCAUAUCUCUCACCAGACAGUGUGGCUCUGCCUUCCAAAGAACAGGUGAGGAGGGCUGCUGAUGUGUGGUCAGUAUGCCGUUGGGUGUAUAUGGCCAGUCCAAUGUUCCAGAGGCAGUUCUUCAGGCUGGGAGGCCUGGAUGUGUGUUCACGGCUGAUGACCAUGGUCAUCCAAAAACUUAACUCAAAAAACAAAGACAGUAAAGUCAAGAAAAAGAGGGAGAGUAAGGGCAAAACCAGUCCAUCUCAUGCAGACUCUCCCACCCAAGCUCUAACAGUGCAGGUUGACGUUGCAGGAACAGCAGGUACAGAGGGGACUCAACAGCCUGAACUAAUGGAGUCACCCAGCCCCACUCAGGUGGAGAGCAAGAUUAGUGACCCAACACAGAGGUUGGAAGAGGAGUGGUCUGUCCAUAGUAUCCGACUUCUGGAGGCGCUUCUGGCCAUCUGCCUCCACAGUGCAAAUUCAGCCCUGCAGAGACUGGAACCAGACCUUUCAUUUCAGCUCCAGUCAGUUGAGGAGACCCUAUGUGAGGUGCGUGAUCAGUUGUCACGCUCUGGAGUUGUGAAUUCCAAACUGGCAGUUCCUCUGUUUGAUUCCUUGUUGCGUGUGGCACUGGCUGAGAUGUUCUACAGUCCAGAUGUUGUUGAGGAGAAACCUGAUAAGGUAUGUUGGGGCUUUAGUGAGGUUGCACCUCCAGCAGGUGAUCUCUCUGAGGAGGUUGAUAAGGAUCAGGUGAUUGGCGUCCACGCUUUGGGAGAAGAGGAAGGAUAUGACGCAGACAGUGAAAGUAACCCUGAAGACUCCGCCCACCAGGAGGAAGCUACUGGGAUAAGGGUGGAGGCUGUAGUCCCUCCUGGGGAAUGUGCUUUGGGAAUGGCAGGUGUGCCUCGGGGCUUCAGCCGUGGCCAGCUGAUCUUCCCAGAGAUCUGUUUGAUGGAGCUGCAGCUGUUGGCCAGCGGAUCUCCAGAUCUGGAAGUCCUGGAACACGUGUUACAGAGCCUGUCUGGAGCCAUGAAAGGCCACCACAGCAAUGCAACACUGCUCUACCAGCAGGGCGGUGUGAAAGCCAUUCUCACUGGAUUUCUGAACAUUCUUACCCAAUCAGAUGCCUCGUAUAAAGAGUGCCAGACAAUGCUUGUGCAGCUGCUAGUUGCCAUGGUGAGUGACAGAAUCACAGCAGAGGAACUUGCCCUGUUGACCCACCUCUUCCUGGAGAAGACCCCGCCCACUGAGAUCUUGUUGAGGGGGAUACUGCAGAUUGUGGAGUCUAACUCUGACACAGAGCCUCUGUACUUCAUGUCCUUUCCCAUGAUCUCUGGUGCCGGGGUCCCUGGCAUGAGUUCCUCUCCUGGUACAAGGCACCAUGGAGCUGCUGGGGGUAAAGGUGGCAUAAAUACACUUUUAAAGGGUAAACUGCCCCUAGGCCGGGUUGAUGUAGAUGCGGGCAGGCUUGGUCACCUGCGUACUUCUCCCUGGCAUACUGCACCCCUUCAACUGCCCUUAGUGGGACAGAACUGCUGGCCUCACAUGGCCAGUGGUUUCAGUGCUUCGCUCUGGGUCCGAGCUGUGAAGGAUGAAGACGGACAUUAUAAGAAAGGUAAGAAAUUAAAACCACCUAACCACACAAGAUGUGUGUCUGUGUUUGUGGUGUUUUUAGACAAGGCCCCGCACAGUUCUGCUCAUAUCAGCGAGCAGCACACAGACAAAUGUCUUGUGCAUGUUCUGUCCAUGGGCUCUAAAGCUCUGAUGCUUCAGGUGUGGAUGAACAUCUCCAGGGGAGCCUUUACCUUCAGGAUCUGCGUUGAUCCGAAUGAUGAGAUGAAGGCGGGUCUGCUCGCCCAGGUGGAGUCUGCGGAGGGGGUGCUGUCGACAGGCAGAUGGCAACACUUGGCUCUCACAUACACACAGCAGCCUGAUGGCAAGAAGAACAUUCAGGGUCAGCUGACCCUCUGGUUGUGCGGCAUCAGGAAGUGUGACGUCUCGUUAGACUUCACUCUGCCCAGGAAGUCCAGUCUGUCAUCUGACUCUAAUAAGACGCACUGUUUGCUGGGACACUAUCAGCCCCCUUCAGAGGACCCACGCACUCCCAGUGCACGAUGGGAUAUGGGCACUCUGCUGCUCUUUAAUGGCUCCAGAAUUGACACAGCAGAGGCCUUUUACCUGUAUGCCAGCGGCCCUGACCUCACCUCCAUCAUGCCCUGCAAAUAUGGCAAGCCUCAUGGGACACUGUCGAAGUACGUGACACAGGAGGGUCUUCAGUGUGAGCAGAUACGAGAACUUCUCAUGAGAAACACUGAAGUGGACAUCUCGUGUCUUAUAGAGAGUUUAGCAGUAGUUUAUGCUCCCAUCACCCCAUCUCUCUACACAAUAUAUGAGCCGGUGAUCCGUCUGAAGGGUCAGGCCAAGACAGCGGUUGUCUCCCAGAGACCCUUCAGUGCUAAAGAGAUCCAGAGCUCUGUGCUGGAGCCUCAGUUUCUCAGUACCAUGACUGCCUGCCAGGCUCUCGGCCUACACAGCGUCCUGCACAAGAUCGGAGGCACUGGUGCUUUUGUCUUCCUGUUUGCUCGGGUGGUGGAGGUGAGUGAUUGCGAGCGGACUCGAGCUCUGGCCCUGCAGGUUCUGCUCUCCUUGGUUAAACACAACCAGCAUCGCACACAAGAGAUGGAGUGUUACCACGGUUACUCCAUGAUUCACCAGGUGCUCAUCAAACCCAGGUGCAAUGUGGGAUAUCACAUUCUGAAGACGUUGCUGGACGGCUGCUGCAGUGGUUCAAUCCUGAUGCUCGGAGAGGACGGUCAGUUUCAUCUGAACACUGAAUCUACUGCUGUGGUACAAGAUCUCCAACUGCUGUCUGAAAUACUGCUGGACUGGAAGAUAUGGGCCAAAGCUCAGUGCGGUGUGUGGGAGACGCUGCUCGUGGCUCUAGAGAUCCUCAUCCGGGUGCAUCAUCCACAGCAGAUGUUCAACAUCCGUCAGCUUCUGAAGGCUCAGGUCGUCCAUCGCUUUCUGCUCACCUGCCAGGUGCUUCAGGAGCAUCGGGGUGAGGACCUGAUCUCCAUCCCUCAGGAGGUCUGCCUGUCCUUUGUCAAAAUCAUCCAGGAGGUUUUGGGUUCUCCUCCAGAUCUGGACCUGGUGAGGCUGGUCUAUAACUUCCUGUUGGCCGUGCACCCCGCCACGAACACUUAUGUGUGUCACACGCCCACCAGCUUCUACUUCUCUCUGCACAUUGAUGGUAAGCUGUACCAGGAGAAAGUUCAGUCCAUGAUGCACCUGCGGCACUCCAGUAGUGGAGGAAAAUCUGCCUGCAGCUCUGUGGUGUCUCUCUCGUCCACCGUUAUCACAGAGAUGCCUGCUGAAGUUCGCCACAGUCUCUCCCCUGAGCAUGGAGAUGAGGAGCUGUCACUGCGACCUCCGAGCAUCGGCCCCUCUCCACACUCUUCUCCAUCCCUGACACCCCGCUUGACUCACAGGACCUUACCCGGGCACACUGAACCGGGCGAGGAGGAUACCCUGGGCAGCACAGAGACCCUGCAAUGUGGCGGUGACGAGCAACUCCAGAGCAGCUGUGAGUCAGCAAAAACCGUCUGUGAUUCUCAAAACAUGUGUGACAAGGACGAGGAAGCCAUCGUGGGGAAUCUAACACCCUCCAUCAGCGUAGAGGUGGAGCAUGACGGGACAGCGAGCAGCCCGGUGGAGUCCAAGGACCAUUUCGAUUGGACCAGUGAGGAAGCGCCAUGCCGACCGGAAAGCCUCAAGGGGAUCCAGUCCUUCCAGGCGAGUCACGGUAAUCUUGCCAGUCUGGGUUUGGCGUUUCCUGCACAGAAUGGCUCGCUGGCAAUCGCUCGCUGGCCAACUGUGGCUGAUCGCGCCACCCCACCAGAUGACUGUGAGAGUUACACAUAUUCACCUGGUUACGAUAGACACAGCAAAGCUGAUUCCAGCAAUGACAGUGCAGAAGACGGUCUGGUUCUGAUCUGCUGUGGUCUGUAUGAUCUGUUGAGAGGAGUUCUGCUGCUGCUGCCGGAUCUCCUGCUGAAGGAGGUGAUGGAUAAACUCAUCCAGCCUGAAGCUCUGCUCGUCCUGGUCAAUCACUCGUCUCCUCUCAUACAGCAGGGCGUCAUGAAGCUCUUGGACGCAUACUUCAGCCGAGCUCAUAAGGGGCAGAAGGAGAAGUUUCUGAAGAAUCACAGCUUCUCCCUGUUGGCCAAUCAGCUGUACCUGCACCAGGCCUCUCAGGGGCUGCUCGAGUGCUUCCUGGAAAUGCUGUUUGGACGACCGGUGGGGCUGGAGGAAGAUCUGGAUUUAGAGGACAUGGAGAACAUCUCUCCGUUCAGGAAGCGCUGUAUCAUUCCUGUGUUGGGUCUGCUGGAGAACUCUCUGUAUGAGAACUCUCUCGUGCACAACAUGCUCUGUGUGCUACUGCAGCUCCUCAACGCCUGCCCAAAUCUGGCAGAUAUCCUGCUGGAUCACGGCUUACUCUACGUGCUCUUCAACACACUCUCCACACUCAACGGCCUGGAGAACGGAAUUCCUCCGAAUGACUACAGGCUGGUGGUGUAUGAUAUUCAGCAGUUGUUGGUGGCGGUCACCAUCCACUCCUGCAGCUCUUCAGGUUCUCAGUACUUCCGCAUCUUCGAGGAUCUCAUCUCAUUACUAGGAUACAUGCAGACCAGCAGAGUUCUCCGCACACAGGAAAUGGCCAUGGCACUGCAGUUCCAUGUGAUCCAGGCUGCCAUUGAUUUCAUUAAGACCACAGCCAAUCAGGACCCUCAGAAAUCCAGCUGCGGCAGCUACGUGCACGUCCCCACCUCGCCACAUCACUCGUUGCAGCAAAAGCGCAAAAGCAUCGCGGGUCGGAGGCGGUUCAGUCUGGCUCCGUCGGACUUAUUGUUGAUGCGGAUGCGUUCUCUGGCCAGUGAUGAUUUGACACAGAUGAUGCAGCGGAGGAUGAGUCAAGAGAACCCCAUCAGAGCCAGUGAGACAGAGUUCAUUCAGCGGCUUCAGAGACUUCUGGUUCUGGCUGUUAACAGACUCCUAUAUCAAGAUUUCAACCAGGAUUUCUUCGAUUUCUUGAACUUUCCCAAGUCUCCUGAUCACGUGGUGUCUGUGCCACUAGCUUGCGGGCAGAUGUCAGAGGAGAACAGCUCCACCCCUUCCACAUCUCUUCCACCGAGCAACAUGAAGAGCUUCCGCAAAGACAUUCUCAAACUCAUGAUGGAGGGCAUAAAGAUCAGCCUGGGCAGCACUGGCCGUGGCGGCGCCCCUCGCCAACAGUGGAGGAGAAUCCUCUGGUCCUGUCGGGACACAUUCAGGGUGCAGAUCGGCCGCGUGCUGGUGCACACGCUUAGCCCUGCAGUUCCUCUGGAGGACAGAAAGGAGGUGCUGGAUUUUGUGUACGAGCAGAGCUACUCUGAGAUCCUGAGAGAGAGCCUCAGUUCCGGCCUCGAGCAUGGACCCAAGCUGGCACUGUAUCUGUACGAGCUGUUACAUGACCACAAAUACAGUUUGAGUAAAGAAGAGCAGGCUGCUGCCAACACCUUCAUGACUGCACUAAAGCUCUGCGGUCACCGCUGCAUCCCGCCCAGUGCUCCUGCCAAACCAGACCUCCUGAAAGCCAUCAAAGAGGAGCAACUAAAGUACGAGUCAGAGGCAAGAACCAGUAAAGGAGCUUGGGAAAAGAAGCUGGCAAACACUCAGACAAGUCUGUUACAGAGGCUGGACGGGAAGUCAAAGGACAUCUCGAAGAUCGCUGCAGACGUCACUCAAAACGUGUCUCUCAGGCAGGGGAUGGAGAGGAAGAAAUUCAUGCAGCACAUCAGAGGACUUUAUAAGACGGACCUGAGCGCCAGCCGACACUGGCAAGAGCUUGUACAACAGCUCACUCAUGACCGGGCUGUGUGGUACGAUCAGUCCUCUUACUCAACGUCCUGGCAGUUGGAUCCCACUGAGGGGCCGAACCGCGAGCGGAGACGUCUGCAGUGCUGCUACCUGACCAUCCCCAAUAAAUACCUCCUCAAAGACCGACGUAAACUUGACGACACCAUUAAAGCUCCUCUGGCCUUCCUGUUUGAAGCCAAGACUCACUCCUCUUCCUCCAUAGUGAAGGACAAAGCCACCAGUGAGCCAAUCAGGUUCACUAGGAGAUGUGUAAGUGUGGCGCCCUCUAGAGAGACAGCAGGGGAACUGUUGCUGGGGAAGUCUGGCAUGUACUUUGUGGAGGAGAAUGUAGCUGAGACGCAUGAUAACCAGAGUCCACAUGGAGAGACGGAGCCAGCCUCUUAUUCCUGGACGUAUGAGGACAUAAAGGAAGUUCACAAGCGCUGGUGGCAGUUGAGAGACAAUGCCAUGGAAAUCUUCCUUACCAAUGGCAGGACGCUGUUAUUUGCGUUUGAUACCACCAAGUUCCGUGAUGACGUCUACCACAACAUCCUGACCUCAGACCUGCCUAACCUGCUGGAGUACGGUAACAUCACCGCUCUGACACACCUGUGGAGCUUAGGGCAGAUCACUAACUUUGAGUACCUCACCCACCUGAACAAGCACGCGGGACGCUCCUUCAAUGAUCUCAUGCAGUACCCCGUGUUCCCCUUCAUUCUGCGAGACUACACCAGUGAGACACUGGACCUGCAAGAGACCUCCAUUUACAGGAACCUCAGCAAACCCAUUGCCGUUCAGUCUAAAGAGAAGGAAGACCGUUAUGUGGACAAUUACAGGUAUCUGGAGGAGGAGUAUAAAAAGGGUAAGAGAGAGGACGACCCCAUACCCCCCGUACAGCCCUAUCACUACGGCUCCCACUACUCCAACAGUGGCACUGUUUUGCACUUCCUGGUCAGAUUGCCGCCCUUCACCAAGAUGUUCUUGUCUUAUCAAGAUCAGAGCUUUGAUAUUCCUGACCGAACGUUCCACUCGAUGAACACCACGUGGCGUCUGUCGUCCUUUGAGUCCAUGACGGAUGUCAAAGAGCUCAUCCCAGAGUUCUUCUACCUGCCAGAGUUUCUGGUCAACAGGGAAGGUUUUGACUUGGGCGUGCGACAGAACAGCGAGCGGGUGAAUCAUGUGAAUCUGCCGCCAUGGGCCCGGAACGACCCACGACUCUUCAUCCUGAUCCACAGACAGGCGCUGGAAUCAGACCAGGUGUCUCAGACGCUGUGCCAGUGGAUAGACCUGGUGUUUGGACUCAAGCAAAAGGGCAAAGCUGCGGUCCACGCCAUCAACGUCUUCCAUCCUGCUACUUACUUUGGCAUGGAUGUCUCUGCCGUUGAAGAUCCAGUGCAGCGUCGAGCUCUUGAAACCAUGAUAAAGACAUACGGCCAGACGCCCAGGCAGCUGUUCAACGUGUCCCACACCUGCCGGGCCGGACCCAAGCUCCUCUCCGAGGGAGAACUGCCUGCAGCCAUGGGUCUCCUGGUGCAGCUUGCCUUCAGAGAGAGCCGAGAGACGCCCAAAGACUCCAUCUACCCGAGUCCUUUGCCUUGGAUAAAGGGGUUAAAAUGGGGUGAGUACGUGGGGUCACCCAGCGCUCCAGAUCCUUUAGUGUGUUUCAGCCAACCUCAUGGCGAACACUUCGGCUCUCUGCUAGCACUGCCCACACGUGCCGUCUGCGGCCUCUCACGCAAGUUCUGCCUCAUGAUGAUCUACAGCAAAGAGCAAGGUGUACGGAGCAUGCACAGUACAGACAUUCAGUGGUCGGCCAUUCUGAGCUGGGGUUACACCGACAACAUGCUGCGACUGAAGAGCAAACAGAGCGAGCCGCCAAUCAACUUCAUCCAGUGCUCACCACUGCACCAGGUGACUAGUUGUGCCUGGGUGCCGGACAGUUGUCAGCUGUUUACGGGCAGUAAAUGUGGAGUCAUCACCGCCUACAGCAACCGCUUCACCAGCACCAUGCCGACUGAGAUGGAGGUGAAGUCUCAGGUUCACUUGUACGGUCACACGGCAGAAGUGACGUGUCUGUUCGUCUGUAAACCGUACAGUAUCCUCAUCAGUGUCAGUAGAGAUGGAACCUGCAUCCUAUGGGACCUCAACAGGUUGUGUUACGUACAGAGUCUCAUGGGUCAUAAGAGUCCAGUGAACGCAGUGUCAGCCAGUGAGACCACUGGAGAUAUCGCCACCGUUUGUGAUUCAGUCGGUGGAGGAAGUGAUUUGCGGCUGUGGACAAUUAACGGAGAUCUGAUUGGUCACGUUCAUUGCCGCGAGAUCAUCUGCUCUGUGGCGUUCUCCAAUCAGCCGGAGGGCGUGUCGGUCAAUGUCAUCGCCGGCGGUCUGGAGAACGGUGUGGUCAGGUUGUGGAGCACAUGGGAUCUGAAGCCAGUGAGGGAGAUCACUUUCCCCAAAUCCAACAGACCGAUCAUCAGUCUCACAUUCUCGUGUGAUGGGCAUCACCUGUACACGGCGAACAGCGUGGGCACCGUCAUCGCGUGGUGUCGCCGCGACCAGCAGCGUAUGAAGCUGCCCAUGUUUUAUUCUUUCCUCAGCAGCUACGCUGCAGGCUGAUUCACACACCUGCAAUGCCACAUUUCCCACAAUCCUCCACAGGACGGAUGUCGUGAGCAACCCUGCUGACCCAGGAAGAGGCGGAGCCAGCAUGCACAAAGCCCCGCCCAUGGCCAUCACUGUCUCCGCCACCUGAAGCGUCAUGGGAAUGCAUACAUAUAAGCAGAUUUAUAGCACUUUACGCUAUAAGCUACUGCACCAUAGAGAACGAGUGUUGUGUAUUUAUAUACAUGAAAAGUAUAGUUUGUGAGACAGGAAGUACGCAAGUGUUGAUUUGACAUUUCGCAUCGUUUUUGUGUUUUGUUCGACUGUUGGUUCUUGCUGUAGUAUUUGUUUUGAUUUUGAAAGCUGCUACAAUCUGAUCCAUCCAGAUCUCUUUAUUUUCGGCCCUUGUCUUGCCCACUCCUCCGAUGUCAUAAUCCUGAGAAGCUGUUUUCCCAAGCUUGGAAGUCACAUGACUACUCCAGAUUUCCUGUACAGUAGAACGGGAGGAUCCCAGACUUGAGCAUGUUCGCAUUAUAAACCGUUGCUAGAGUGACAUGCAGUUGCAUAACAAAUUGUUAAAUUGCUCUAAAUUCCCAGUUGUUUCCCAACCGCCCCACUCGCUGAUGAAUUUCUCAAAUAUUUAACUUUUGCAUUUCUAUCUUUUACUUCAAUAUUGAAUGACCUACAGACAUUUAAAGUGCGCUUAUGCAUGUGUAAGGGUGUCUUAUCUAUGUUAUGUGUGUGUUACACAUGCGGUCGCUGUGUUUUUUGCAGUAUUUUCCUGAGGUGUCCAUACUAAUAUUAGUUUCUCUUGUGUUUUUAUCCCAACAAGUGAACACCUGACCCAUUAACUUUACAAGAGACAAACAUCCCAGUUACCAGUACAGAGUGUCUGUUUUGUUCUGUUCACCCUGUCUACACCGGACGUGUCCCUUGACGUGACGCAAUGGCUUGAGGCUGUCUUCACUGGACACAUAGACGCGGACGUUCUAAACGGCAUAAUUUGUGUAGUAGUGCCAGGAACGAGACACCUGUUUAUUGUUGGCCGGUGUAGACAGCAUCAUUGAUUAUAAUGAGGUUCUAUUACUUUUGACGGGAUGUGACGCGCCACUUGUGUCCGGUGCAGACAGGGUGUAAAGCCGCACCCACACUAAUACGUUUUGGUUUGAAAAUGCAUUAAUUUUGCUACGUUGACACCUCUCAUCCACACUAGAACAGCAUUUACUUCCACCAAUAACAAACACUUGCAAAAACACUCCAUAACCGCAUACCUUGGAAAACGACGAGGUUUGGAAACUGAAAACGGAGGCUUUAAAUGUAAGCGUGAUUAGUCUGGACGUCUCCUAAUCUCAACUCUAUACUGUACUGGUCUGAUCUAUUCUAUAUUCCUCUACUCUGCCUGUGUAUUGAAAUGUUUCGCAUGUAGUGUUGAGCACACGGUCAGGGUGAUGUUUAAUAAACCUGGUUUUAUCAUCUCACCGUAGUCCUCUAACAUCACAGGAUAUCAUAUAUUAUUUAGGCGACGCAACCUGUAGGAUCCACCUGUCAUUAAAACAGGUGAUUUUCAGAAGCUGAUAGAGAGAAACUACCGGAAUAUUUGCUGGCUGCACACAAGGCUUUAUAAUGUGUAGAUUGGUAUCAUUACAAAGACAAGUGUAUGAUUCUCUGAAAUGCACAGUACUUGUGGUCACAGUGAGAACCUGUUUAUUAUUAGCACACAAAGAAAAAGAUACAGCUCAGCCAGUCUUAAACUUGUAGGACUUUUUUCUUCUUUAUUUUUUUCUAAAAUCUUCUGUAUUUGCUGUUUGUCUUGCAUUACAGAUAACUUCACUACUGUCUCCUACAUUUUAUUAGGAAGGGAACGCUCUCACCUUUCUCCCAACCACUAUUACUACGUUUUUGUUCUUUUGCAUUAUUAAGAAAUAAAAAGAAUGUAUCACUUUAUCCUCGCAGAGUUAAAUGAAUGUUCAGUGCAAAUCUAGAAAGCCAGCAAGUAUUUUGUUAACUAGUUAGUGAGAACUCCUCUGAGGUUUACAGUCUUUAAGAUAUUUGUCUUAACUGUUUUUGUUUUUCGUUGUUUAUGAAUAGAAUCUAUUUUCCAUGCUUACAUCACAUUAUUGUGCACAGUAUUGUCAUGUUUGAACCGAGCAGUUCCCUCAAAAAGAGGCUCAAGUUAUUGUCAUUGUGUGAGUUGUUUACUGCAGAAUUAGGUGAGUUUGUAAAGCAAGAUGUAAGAAUUUGAUUGACUAUCACAAUUGGUUUGUUAUUAUUGUCAUCAGUUUGUUUCAUUAAUAGUGGUUUAUGUAAAUUAAGAUGAUUUCCUUUUUUUUUGUAUUUAUGAAAUAUGUAAUAAAAUA